AUGGAGUCGCGCAUCCUCACGCCCGAGCCGGGGCCUCGACAGCGACUACCUAAUCUAUUCGAAGUCCUCAGCAGAAGGACGCUUGCGCCGGUCGACCUUUUCUCCUUCUACAUCUACAUGCGCGACGUUCAACGAAGUGUCGACUACCUCGAUUUCUGGCUCGAUGUUUCGCAACACAUGUCACUGUGUCGACACUACGUACGCGAACUCCGCAGAUCUGUCCUCGUCGAGACACCCGACCUCGAGAAGUCCCACUCGAAGCGCUCCUCCCAGAUCCUCGACGACUACAACGGCUACAACGAACGUGCAGACUCUUCCGAGCAAGGACCCAGCAAUGUAUACCGCGACCCGUCCAAGGAUCGGCAAACGCCAGAUCAACGCCUGUCUGCGUUCUUGAGAAAUGAUAAUGGAAGCCACCACAGCCCACAAAACAGUCAAGGCAGCGGAUACGAGUCGGCCGGCACCGCGAAUCACGAGCAACCUCCUCGCGCAAGCUUCAUGACUGCACACUCUGGCUCCCCGGUGGUCAUUACGCAAAGUAACAGCAGUCCUGGACAAACGGUCGCGCGCGCAGAUAUUCGAGCAUCAGCGGAGAAGAUUCUUUACACCUUCCUUUUGCCAGGCUCCGAGCGUGAAAUUAUCCUUCCGCAGGGUAUUUUGAACGAGAUCACCAACAGUAUCGAGCAGGAGGGCAGAGAUGAUCCGGAGGUGUUUGAUGCAGCCAAGGACUACGUAUUCCAAGCUAUGGAGCGAGACGCAUUCCCUGGUUUCCUCCGAGCAAAGGCACUCGGCAACAUUGUCCAGCCAUCACUCAUGCUAAGAUUGAUCAUUGGACUGGUGUCGAUUGGUGGGGCGUUCUGGACAGCCUUUGUGCUACUGUUCCUUGACAAGGACAGAGCGACACGAUGCUGGCUCAUUUUGCCAUUCACCGUCGGCAUAUACUUCCUCGGCACACACCAGUACAUGCUGGACCCGAUCCUGGCGCUGGUAGGACUCAGCGAGUACACAUUCAUGAGCUUUGCGAAGGUCAAGGAGCCUUUCGUAAGGAAACUCUUGACAAAACGUGCUUUGACGUGUCUCGCGGGAAUGCUGGUUUUGGACGUGGCACUGCUCUGCCUGUUCAUCUUCGUACCGGGGAAACGACUAUAA